UCACACGCACACCUCUUCUUCUCUCUCUACAAUUAUAUUAAAACAUGUCCACAUUUUUUACAUUUUCUUACACAAACCUCGAUGCUUUAUAAACCAUCUUCAACUUCUCCCAAACUUCAACACCCCUCUUUAGUUCCUUUCACUUCAAACAAAAACACACACACUUUUAUUUCAGACAACAAAAAAAUACAGAUCACUCUUGUAAGAAUGUUGUGUAUGAGCUAAUGCUGUGUAAAAACCACUUGGUGUGUAGAUAUAACUAAUGGAUCUUGGGCUUAUGAGCUUCAAUGGCUUUGGAGAUGAUAAUGCCUCAUCUUCUCGAUCUGUGUUGCAGAGAUCUACUCAUUCUUUGCUUGCUAAUGACUCCUCCCCAGCUUCAUUUAGCAUCUCUUUCACUAGCCCAGUCCCAGCUUCAAAUGCUGCUGCUUAUCAAGAUUUUUCAAGACAAGGGUAUGGUUGUGGAGGGUCCACUGGUGGAAUGGAUAGUCCUUUUACUAGGUGCAGAGAGCCAUUUACCCCAUCUCAGUGGCUAGAUCUUGAACUCCAGGCUUUAAUAUACAAAUACAUCGUAGCAAACGUGCCUGUUCCGUCACAUUUGCUAUUUCAAAUUCGGAAAUCUCUCAACCCAUUUCUCUAUGCUGGUUCUUUUACGGGAUCAUAUGCUCCUAAAUCAUUCGGAUGGGGAACUUUCCAUCUAGGUUUAUCUGGCAGCAAUGAUCCUGAGCCUGGUAGAUGUCGUCGAACAGAUGGAAAGAAAUGGCGGUGUGCAAGAGAAGCUGUUCCAGAUCAGAAGUACUGUGAGCGGCAUAUAAAUAGAGGCCGUCAUCGUUCAAGAAAGCCUGUGGAAAGCCGAAAAGGCCAAGUUGUUCCUGGAACCACUCAUAUAACAGAAGUGGCGGUCGAUUCAACCCCAUCAGAAACCGUAAUGUCAGGCCCUGGCACAUCUAAAAGCCUGAGUUUGCCGCAACAACAAUCCAAAAUUUUGCAGUCCACUGCUGCAAAUGCUUAUGCUAAUGCCCUUAACAGAGUUCAAGAUACGCAAGGUCAGUCCAUAAUAUCUCCCACCGUGGAUUUGAAGUUGAAGGAUACUGUACCAUCCAUCCGACAACAUCAUGUCCGGACAGAAGAGUCUUCUCUGCAAGAGUUUGGCCUUGUCUCGUCAACCUCUCUUCUCUAUUCUUCAGAUAAGGAUUCCUACAAUGAUCCUAGAAAUCGUGAUGCAAUCCUGAGUUUCAGUGAACAAGAAACACAAAACCAACAACCUCUUCAUCGUUUCAUCGAUGACUGGCCUAAGAAUCCGUCUGAUCAUCUCAAUGUCGUUUGGCCUGAUGAAUUUAAGUCAGACUGGACUCAGCUCUCAAUGUCGAUUCCUAAGAAUUCCUCUACCUUCUCGUCGUGCUCAAAUUCUCCACGUGAGAAAUUCUCCCUUGCGCCUCUAAGCUUACCUUGUGAACUUGACAAUGUCAAUAUGAGUUUAGCUUUGAGAAAUGACCCAUCUGAGAAGCAAACAAGCUGGAAUCCGGUUACUUGGGAAAAUUCAAUGGGAGGUCCUCUAGGAGAGGCGCUUAAUAGCACCUCCAACUCAGUGGAAGCCAGCAGGAGCUCGCUGAUGCUUAAUCUCAGGAAUAGUGAAGUGUGGGAUGGCCACUCUCAGUUGGGAUCAUCCCCAACAGGGGUCUUGCAAAAGACAACCUUUGUCUCUGUCUCAAAUAGCAGUGCUGGAAGCAGCCCAAGAGCCGGCAAUAAGGCUGGCGGCAGUAGCCUUCCAGACGACGUUCCUUGUUCUAUUCCAUCUUCGUAAAUGCUUGCUUUAGCCCAUCAAUUUUUUCAAGGGCAGAAAAAAAAUCCACUUUCAUGUCACUGAUAUGCUUUUUCUUAAUAACAUUGCUUGGUAUUGGCCUGAUGAAUAUUGGCCUUUCUUUUAUUUGCUUGUUCCUUUCCAUUUCUUCCCUCAGCUAAACUGGGUUUGCUGAGUAAUGUAGUAGUAUCUUUUAAAAACUACUUCCAAGUGUAAUUUAAUAUUGUACAUUGCUUGCUUGAGUGAAUUUUUAUUUUGAAAUGUAUUUGAGUUUCUUUGAGUUGAAUUCAGUUCUCUGUUUAAUUUU